AAACAAUAUGAGGAAGAAGUUGCACCGUAGCUUAUUGACGUAAAAUUACUGCUCAUUGUUGCAACUUCAAUCCAGGAUGGCGAACCCAGUCACUAAGGAAAUCUCUUAUGAGGAUCUGAAGGCACUUCUGGGAAAAAGCCAAAAUCUCUUCCUGGUGGAUGUACGCACUAAAGAGGAGGUGGAUAAAGGACAUAUUCCAGGUUCAAUUCACAUUCCAGUUGAUACAGUAGAAACUGCUCUUGCAAUGAAUCCAGAAGAAUUCAAGGCCAAGUAUGGAGUGACCAAACCAGUACUGGAUGCACCCGACGUAGUGUUUCACUGCCAGAUGGGGAGGCGAGGAGGAGUGGCCACGAAUAAGGCCCUUCAACUUGGAUAUGUGAAUGCUUGUAAUUAUAGCGGUGGGUUCAAGGAAUGGUCUGAGAAAGGAGGAAAUUGAUAUAAUUUGAAAAUGCUGCUUCAUGUAAAUCACUGUAAAUGGCUUUCUAACUGAGACACCUAGAUAAGCAACAUUGAUAAACCUAUUGAUAUUGCUUUUCAUGCAGUACUUUGCUCUUUUAUAUAUGUAUGAAAUAAAGCAUCUUAUUUACUCUGAA